GCGUCGAUGUGUCUGUUCUCAUGGCAUCGCUAUAAGUUCUAGCCGUGGCAUGGCUCUCUUAUGGGCCUUGCUUCAACAUAACCAUUCAGGUUGUGCCAGAAAGACACUGGUGACAAGAUAUUCUGUUCUAUCCCCUUCAAGAACACGAAGUACCAUCAGUUAUGUCAGAUCAGCUAGAUCGAAUCUAUGAAGGCUUUUGGAUCGACUGGAGUCGGCAAGCAAACGAUCGUCAAGUCCUCACACUUUCACCCAAAUGGGCAUAUCUUUUCGUUGCCUUCCUCGCCGUGUUCGUUACAUGGGCAGCUGGCCAUCUGUGGGGUAUCAUACAGCUCAUUGCUCAUCGCUGCUAUUCGACUCGAGACCCUCAGGACGGACUUCACCACGGGAGACAAGCUAUCCUCCGCAACUCAUCAACGGCAGGAGGUUCGAUAUGGAGUUUGAUACAUCUAUUCUGGAGUUGGAAGCGCAGAGGGCAUAAUGUAACACUACGAUCACUCCCCUUUCUCAUCGUGGCAAUUCUACAUUUAGUAGGUUUUACAGUUGCAGGCAUCUUCUCUUCCCGUGUAACUCAAACAGGAGGCGCAGUGUUGCUCGCAUCGCGACAGUGUGGUAUUUUCGACACUGCUGCUAUGAAGCAUACUUCGUUCGCCGCUGCUGGUGAUGCCGUCUACCAGUACACCUCGGCUCUAGCAACUUCAAGCUCCUCGUGGGCAAGAUCAUGCUACGCGCAAAGCGACUCGGAUUUCUCUGGAGGUCGUGGAUGCGCCGGUUUCCCUAAACGCACCAUCGGACUAUAUCAGCGGAACACCAGUGCUACAUGUCCGUUCGAAAAAUCGAUGUGCGAUCAUGGAUUGGCGCUUUCCUUGGAUACUGGCCUAAUAUCUUCAGAAGAUUUCGGCAUGAACACUAAGCCGGAAGAACGUGUCUGGUUUCGAAAGAUUACCACAUGGAGUCCGAUCAACACGCAGAACCAUACAACAACGACUACCAACCGUGCAGAUCUCAUCGGCACCGAAGCCGAACGAGAGGCUGGGUUCCCUGGAGAGAUGUUUACUCUCUACUGGCUUGGAAAUAUCGACCUCCUAGGUCACGACGUUAAUUGGACAUUUGCAGCAUCGAACUUUACCGGCCACUAUGAUAGUGGCUAUGAGAUUGUGCCAAUGGCUUUCUACUCAGGUAACCCUGAGUUUGAAUGGACCCCUAUACGAGCGCUUGCUAGAACUGAUGCCGACAUCACGUUGAUCAGGAAGUCUAAUCUCGUCAACUACAUGACACCCGUUAAUGAUCCAUGGUUUCGCGCAACAAUUGGUCAUAAUGACUCAAGAGCUGAGGGAACACCUCUAUAUAAGGCUGAUGAACAAUUCUCAGUGUUGGCUGUAACGGAACAGUAUCAGUACUGUUCAUCAUCAGAUGAGACACAGUGCUCGACUCUGACGGGCAACUACUUCGGAGACUUUUCAGAACCCGCAUGGGAUAAUUUCACAGAUGAACAGAAAGAUGUCCUAGCACUAUUAUCUGAAGCAGCCUACUUCUCCAACAUGCGUUCACUCACUUAUACUCUGGGACGAGAGAUCCUCCUUGCCCAUGGUUUCUUGCUUUCACUGGAAGUCGCCGUCAGUGUGCAACUUCCGGACACGCAAUGGUUACUAGAAGCUGAGAAUAUGCACAACACCUCCCUCGCCAUAAUGCAACACAAGAUCGUCGAGCUGCCUUCACCACGCAACAUUGCCACCCUUUCUAAUGGUACAGUCUACCACACUUCUCAAUUCAUGUCUCCUAUCGACAAAGUGUCCAACGGCAAGAUUGCAUCUGCUGCACGACUUUGUGGCCGGAUCAAAGUUCAUGACUUUGAAUUUGCGUCUUUCUCCAUGCUCGCCAUCGAGAUAGUACUCUCCCUCGGUGGAUUCAUUAUCCUCUUGAAUUGCGUUCUUGCUAGCAUAAUCAAGUGGAUCAGCACGAGGUUCGACAUUGGAGCCUAUCCAAUGCUCGAAUGGAUCGAGACGGGAACCCUCCAGCUACAGCGUGCUGUCUUCGAACUGAGAGGCAUCGUUCCCUGGAGAAAACGACUAGACGCUGCGCCGGUAACGGAGAAGCCGGAAAUGCGCUGGGUUGGCAUACCGAAGAGGCAAAGCGAGUUCCUGGUACAUACGGCGAAUAAUGAGUUGUUUCCGCUGCCUGGUGACCGUAUUGAGGAAGACCUCCCGGGACGUCUUGUGGUCGGUCGCUUGCAUGUCCCAGACAGGGGUGCUUCCAGAAUUGACGGUUCCAUAUCUACCCGCUCGGGCGGGAAAGGAGAAUCGGAUAGUCUCCUAACACCUUCUCACCCGGAGACCUCGUUGAGGCCGUCCCUUUCAGAAGAUCCGGAUAUUAGGGGGCUCUUGUGGAACCCAGAUUCUCAAAGCUAAGUGCUGCCAAAAUUUCAAGCUUUUAAUGUUCCAGUUACUUCAUUCUUCACAUAUUGAAAGCGCAUUAUAGAAUAACAAAGACGGUAUAUGUUAGAUAUUCACUAUUCGAUACAUAAAAUCUGAUCGUGUGAAACCACUUCGGAGUGAAAUGAGGCCCAGCACUACAAAGUAGUCCUGCGACCUAUUGCGUUCGUACCAGGAAUCACAUCAACGGUACGCAUUCCACCAAACACCGAGGAAACGUCGCGGCUGUUAGCAUGUACGUCCUUGACAUCGGUGUCUAUU